AAAAUUGGUCAAAAAUCAUCUCAAUACUCUUCAAAUAUGGAAGAGGAUAAUGCUUGGGUUUUCGAUUCGCUUGUUACUUUUCUAAAUGGACCUAUAUGGAACGCGCCUCUGCAGAGUUUCAUUGAAGAAAAAUCUCUGAUUUUUGAACCAAAUGCAGAAGACAAUGAAGGCUACAAAAAUACAUUUGACGAGUUUAAAAAUUUGGUUGAUUUUAUGCUUGGAAAUUUUAUGGAAGAUAUUGGAAUUACAUCUGAGCAGUUUGAAAAUGCUUGCAAAGAAAGUAAACGAUAUCAAGUGGCUUUUGAUCCUAAUUCUUUUGAACAAAUUUGGGCGGCGAACGAUUUCGAAAUGUUUAAAAAAAUGAUGACACAAAGAAAUGUUGAAUUACAACUGCAAGCUCUUGAAUUGAUCGAACAAAAAUAUGGUAUAAGACCUGAAUCAUUUGUUCCACAUAAUCACAACGAAAAUGUUAGAGAAAUACCAGUAAACGUUGAGAAAUCUUCAGAUUUAGAACAACACGUUAUGGAAGAAGUAGCUAAAAAUUUUAACGAUGGACAUGAAGAAAUAGAGACUCCUAAGAAAAUAGAGAAUAUAGAGGAGGAAAAAGAAAUUUUGGAGAGAGAAAAGGAAGUUCUGGAAAAAGUUUUGAAGGAAACUAAAGAAAAACAACUUCCAGAUGUAGCUGCGCCAUCAGCGCACGCUAUCGAGCCGACAGUUAAGAAAGAACCCAGCAUUACCGAGAAAAAAGAUUCUCAACCAACUGAAAAAAAAGUUGAGAUCGACGCGUUGGAAUUGAAAAAACGCCAAGAAUAUUUGCGAGCUCAAAGAGAUAAAUUGGUGGCAUUGAAAAAAGAAGCUCGUCGUAAACAAUUAGAUAAAGGUACUACUAAGUUGAAAGAGAGACCAAAAUCGGCUAAAGCCGCCGAAGCGGUUUUGACAGGAGGGAAGAGUAACAUAGCACCCCAACAGCUGCAAUUUCGAAAAACUCUAGCUGAACGUUUAAGGGCGGAAGUAGUAGCAGCAAAUGAAUAAAAACACAAAACGUUUUUUACUUAUAUUUAUUACCUAAAUAUAUAACGAGUACAAUUUGUAUUUUACAAUUCUUUAAAACAUUAAUUUGUUACAUAAAAACAAAUAUUAGAUAAUUGCCUUUUUGUCUGUUGAUUCAAAAAACGUAUCGCGUGUAUAAAAAAUAUUAUGAUGCUGCCGCCAACAAAUAAUAAUGUCCAGUCACAAGUUAUCAUCCUAUUUGUAGAAGAACAGUAAAUCUUGUAUUAAAAAAAAUUUUCAUAAAAUUUGUUAAAAUUAAUUGUGUUUUCAUACUGUUAUUUUUGACACACCUGUGUAACUUUUUCUAGAUUUUUUUUAAGUUAAGUUUCAACUUCAGUCGCUCAUUUUUACAUACAUAUAAAUAAUAAAUAAACAAGCUUUUUGAUAAAUAGAAAUUUUGUUUUGUAGCUUUAAUUCCAAAAUAAAAUAUUCUAAAAUGUAGUAAGUUUUUUAUUUCACACAUUCCUUCCUAGAAAAUAAAUUGUAGUCCUUCGUAUAUUCUUAUGAUAACAGUUACUUUGCAAACAGUGCAAUUAUAACAUCUCUAAACUGGUUCGAACAAUUUCAGUCAAGAUUUAUUUCCACCAAUUGGUGAUUACCCGAUUCAACUUAAUUUUAAUUUUUUUCAAUUCGUGUAUAACUUUUAGUCUAAGAUCCCACUGCAGAAUUAGUGCGCUCAUUCAUCGGUUUUUUGCUAAAACCCAAAUUUUUAUGUAUAUUUAUAAUUAGGAGAAAUGAUAUCUAUCAAAAUUUGCCGCUAGUAUUUUUAAUUUAUUUUUGGGAAACAAUUUCGUUCACAGGUGUAAACAGAUAUGAUUUAUGUACAUCUAUUAAUUAUAUAACAAAUAAAAGCAAAUUUUUUUUCUAUUAAUUAUUAUCAAUUUCUCAUUUCCUACCCCUUUUGAUAUAUUAAUGCAUCUAAAUGUUUUUUAUUUUAGAUCUCUUCUGUUUUAAAAUUAGUUUUUGUUUAAUAAUUUUUGGAAGAAAGAUAAAGUCUUUAUCAAAAUUUGAUAUUUACACUGACAAUUUGAGUAUUUAUAUUAAUCAAUAGAUUAAUAUGUCAAUAAGGGUUGCUGGCUAUUAAAGCCAUUACGCAUGCCUCGAAUGCAAGUGCUCUCAACCACCGGGGAGUAAUCAUGUAUGUAAUACUCCUAAAUGGACAGUUGGUAUGGGAAAAAACGUCCCUACGUUACGGUGUCGACAAUAUUCAUUUUCUCUCUCGUUCGAGACACUUUAUCUAUACUGCGCAUGCUUGAGAAUGCGCACAACCGAGCUGGAAUCUCGGAGGACAGAGAAAUCGUUAUAAUUCUGUGAAGAUUUUUAGGUAUUAAACAGUGAAUAUACAGUGGGUCUACUUAAGUUGGACUGAGAUUCUUGAUAAAAAGUUCUGCAUGGUCCAAAAGUUAAAAUGCAACCAUCAGAUAUCAAUUUUUAGGAGCAGUUUUUGAACAACCUCGCAAUUUACAUAAGUAAUGAAUGCAUAAUAAUUAUUUAUUGUAGAAAUGGAAAAACCCAUACAAAGAAUAUUUAUUAAACAUGAUUAAAUUUUAAUUCAAUGUCCUAAGGCUUUGACAUACCCACCUUCUCUUUGUAAACAAUUAAUUGUUCUUUUCUCAAACUCUUUUAUUACUUUCCGUAUCAUAUUUGGGGCAAUUUGUUGGCUUUCUUCAGAAAUAAUCCUCUCCAAAUGAUCUACAUCAACGAAUGUCCCUCGCUGAUAAACCUGCUGUUUUAAGUAAUCCCAUAAAAAACUCAAGGGGAGUCAAAUCAGCAGACCUAGGAGGCCAAAAUAUCUGAAUCUGAAGAAGAUUGAAGCACAGUCUUGUAGGAACCAAAUUGUCAAACGUUCUUGUAACGGAAGGUUGUACAAACAAACACUUACUUGAUUUUCCAGUAAUUGUAAGUAUUGUGCGGCAUUUAAGGAAUGUCGAAAAAAAUACAUAAAACCACUAAUAAAAAAGUUUUCCAUAUGGUUCCAACUUAAGUAGACAAACUGUAUAACAAAAAUUCGGGAGUAUCAUAAUAAAGGAAGACAAAUCUAUCGUUUGGAUGAAACAUGGUUUGAUAGCCACGAUACUGUUCGUAAAGCAUGGAUCAAUGAUAUUGGAAAUUUAAAAAGAUGCGAUGGGGAACAAGGUUGAAUGAAUUGUGCAUUAUUAUUAAGUUCGAAGCAUGUUAAGGAUGGCUCUUUAGAUUAACCUCAGGAUAUUGAAGUCUUGGUUCAAAGAAAAACUGGUACCUGGACUACAUGACUACAUGCAAACAGUGGAAUUGUGUUAGAUAACGCCUCUUACCAUCCAACAUAAAUUCGUUAAAUUCCAGCUAAAUAGUCUUCCAAAGGAGACACAGGUUUUAGAAACAAAAAUAAUUUCCAAAGAAUAUACUGUAGACGAAAUGGUCGAGAAGAAUAGUUACACUGUUUUAAGAUUACCUCCGUACUACUGUGUUUUCAUUCCAAUCAAAUUAAUAUGAUCCCAAGAGCUAAUAAAACUAAAAAAUUGCUCCUCAGUUGGAACUAAUGAUGAAGGAAUUUUCAAACAUUAGCAUCGAGAAUUGUAUUUAUAUUAUGGGAACAACUUUUUAUGCCAAAGGUAACAACACCUGUGAUAACAUUUUCGCUAUUAGAUGACCGGUAAUACGAUUUUAAAUUUGAUAAAACUCAAAGCUGUGACAUAACAACCCUACAAAAUGAGCUUUUAUUCAUAUGGGGUACCUUUACCCAAAAAAAAAUGGUGGAGACGUUUAAUAAAAAAACAAAACACAAUUUAUCUCAUUUCAAUAAAAUUUACGUCAAUUUUAACAGGUCUAAUUUCAAGCUUUAGUUCUCAAAGUUGCAAAGCUAAUCAAUUCGAAUGGUUUUUGAAAGUUUGCCCUGGGACGAUAUUCGAAUAACUAACUAAAAAGUAACUUGGGAUCAUCGGCGUCUAGUACGGUAAUGCCUCAAUUACGAAAGUUGUUUAUACGAUAAUACGUGAAUUAACCUACAGAUUAUUCUUUCGUAAUAUAAGAGUUGUGUAAUAGCCAAUCCACCUCUUCAAUAGAUUAUACCUCCCUUAUUACUUACUACUAUUUUGAGUCAUUAAUCAAUAUACUUAAUUUUGAACCAUCUUUUAUACAAAAUCGUUCAUUUAAUCAGUGUAUAAUGACAAUAAUUUCAAUUCAAACUAUUUGUGACUAAACUGUCGAUAAAUACCUGUAUGGGAAUGAGAUAUUAAUAAAAGCUAAUUUUGUUAUCAUAAGAAAAUAGAAAUGGAAACAGGAAAAAGUCUUACAUUUAAUUUUUUCUCCUGUAAAUUCAUUUUGGAUAUUUAUAACGAAAAAUAAACUAUUUCAUUGAUAUAAAUCAGCCAACGAUCAAAGGGAAUUUACUUGGGUGAAAUUAUACCUAUCGAGAUGGGGUAUUUAUGUCCGCAAACGCAUCCUUUCCAAGAUACAGGGUGUUAAAGUUAUAAAAUUCAAUUGACGAUUAUAAGGUUGAUUUCUAGUUUUUUCGAGACGUGCAGCUUGACCCUUUUCCACGCCUGAAUUCACCGCCACUGGAUAAAAUGUUAUUUCUUUUCAAUUUUUGAUUUCUACCAUCAAUCCUCGAUAAAAAAGUAGUAACAUUUGACUACGCUGAAAUUAAACAUUCUCGAGAAAAUCAUCAUUUUGUGAUUAUUUAGAAAAAUACAAAACAGUUCCUUUCGAAUCAACUUACCUCGAUAGGUGAAAGGUGUUCUGCAAAAUAAUAUUUGUUCGUCAAACUACACGUUUUCUUCGAAAAAGUGUUGUCUUCUAAUACGCUAAACCUGUUUUCCUCAAUUAACACUAAUGUCAUUUAAAUGAUAAUUUUACGAAGAAAUCAUUUAAAAAACAAAUCUUAAACACGAAAUAGGUGAAACACAAUAAAUUAAAGUAACUGUCCAAAUUAUCCACCUCUUUCGUUUACACAAGCCCUGAGUCUUCGCAGCUUUGAUAAGUGCACGUUUCGGAAAACUUUGAGCCCGGACCGGAUUAAGGUUUAUAAGGCCCGGGGCUAAAAUAAUGACGGUGCCCCCUUAAGGAAUUCGAAAACCCGGAAAAAUUCAUAAAAUAAUAUUAAUACGUUAGAUUCGUAGUAUCAACACAUCAAAAAAUACAGAAUGAUUUCCAAAUGAUGGGGCCCUCUUGAACCUGGGGCUAUAAUCCCCCCAAGCUCCUAGCUUAAUCUGGCCCUGCUUUGAGCGUAUUAAAAAUUUCUUCCAUUGCUGCUUGUAUACGACCAACAACAUCUUCCUCAUUUUCUACCGGACUCUGAUGCCUCCACGGAAAAAUCAAGGAGAGUAAGAUCUGGAGAUCCAGCUGGCCAACCAAUUGGUCCACCUCGACCUAUCCAAUUAUGUCCACAAGUUGCAUUUAAAUGAAGCCGUACAUUUACUGAAAAAUGUUGAGAAUCUCCAUCAUGCUGAAAUAUCAUAUUUUGUCGGGUAUAAAGAGGAACUGCUUCCAGAAGUUCUGGUAAUGUGUCCCUUAAGACAAGAAGAAAAUGUGUAGUUUAACAAACAAAUAUCAUUUUGUAGAACAACAGUUACCUAUAGAUGCAAGCUAAAGCAGAAACUGUUUUGUAUUUUUCUAAAUAAUCACAGGGUUACAAAUUGAUGGUUUUCUCGAAAAUGUUUAAUUUCAGCGUAGCCAAAUUUUAUUACUUUUUUAUAAAAGAAUGAUAAUGGAAUUCAAAAAUCUUAAAAAAAACUGCAUGUCGCUGGGAAAAACUUGAAAUCAUCUAUUCAUGUUAAAACAAGUAGUUUAUCAACCUUAUAAUAUUCAAAAAGUUUCAAUAACAAUCGAUCACACCAUUUCAAAUUAAUCGACAAAAAAUCGUUUUAUUUUUAAAACUUUAACACCCCGUAACUUGGAAAGGAUGCGUUUGCGGACAUAAGUUCCCCAUCUCGAUAGGCAUAAUUUUACCAAAGGAAUUUCCCCUAGCGCGUUGGAAGUCGAAUAUAGGACACCCUGUAUAUUUAGUAAAUCGAACGUGACGCAAAAAUGGAGAAGAAUAUUUUUAUUUUUGAUAUUUAUGCACAAAUAUUCGAAAAACCAUUUGGUAAAUAUUGCUGUGAAAUUUUCUUGAGCGAAUAUACAAUCAAAAUCUCCUUUCACUUCAAAAGAUGUAUUAAAACAAAAAGAAGUUAAUGUAAGAACCAAACAAAUUUUCAUGAUAUUGUCGAGUUUCAUAUGAAAAAGGUUGAAACAAUCAAGAAAUCAAAAGGUUUGAUUUGAUCCGUUUCAGAAAAAAAUAAUUCGAUUUAGAAAAAUCGAAGCUAUUCAUCAAUACAGUGCACGAACCGCUUGUGCACUGUAAGCAUACGCUACAAAAUCAACAACGUUUCGGAGCGCUUUUAACUUGUGCUAGGUAACGGUAGCGGAGCUUAAACGGCCUAAGAAGCUAUUAAAAUUGUAUCAAAACGUAGGUAUGUUAUACCAAUAAAAAGAUUUUGAAAGUAAUUCAAUUACUAAUCUUUUUCACUCUCAAAUACGAUUAAGAAACUCACUGACUUGACACAGCUGUUAUAAACAUUAUAAUUUUUAUUUACGAUAUUUGUUUAUAGAGUCAUAAAUCUUGGAAUAGUCGAAAAUAUGCUAAACAGUGCGUGAAGUGAAUACUGUUCCUAGAAAAACUAAAAUUUCGUUGUUUAAAUGUUCGCGCGAAACGUUAAGGCAUGCGCACAAUGUGAAAGUCAAAUUGAGCCCCUGGCGCUAGUCGUCACGCUACGACCGCUGAAUACGAUGUGACCCGAACAAGAUAAUGUUUGAAAAGGGAGUUUUCGGUGGUUCCCUCUAGAUAGCAACGCUCAGUAGUAGUCAAAAUGAAGUUUUCUGUUAUAUACUUUGUUAGUCUGUGAUUCCGUGAUUAGUACCACCAAUGGUGUUGAUUCUAUUACACUGAGUAGACAAAUUUAUAAGAAUUAAUUUCUCCAACGACUUCCAUUUGGAAGAUUCCAUCUUUAAUCUUCGUUUAUUCGCCAUUUCGUCCUCGAUACCUAGAUAGGUUACUAGUUCCAAGCUCGCUCUAAUCAAAUAAUAUAAUUAUGGUACUAAUAGCGUCAACGUUGAUAUUGGCACUAUCGCAAUCACCGCUUAAAUAUUUAUAAUCACUUCUUCCGUAUUUUUAUUAGUAACUAUAUUUAAUAGUGAAGUCACAAAAACCGCCAUAUUCUAGUAAAAACGCGCGCUGUUGCCCAAUUAUUUUUCUUUAACCGCAGCUACGGUCCUUUGGGAACCAACGCCUUCUCAACAAUCAACUGCCAAUCCUUUUUUUACUGAGCAUGGUGCCUCCAACGCCGAACCCCUAGAUGGAUCAGGUGCGCCACAACGUCCUCCAACCAUCGAAGGCGCGGUCUUCCUCUCAGUCGCCGUCCUACAGGAACUCCAUAUAUGGCUCGGCGCGGGUAUCCAUCAGAAGGCAUCCUCUCUUCCUCAGACGCGUACCCUUGAUAAACCCCCACCAAAUCUGUCUCGCCAUACAUCGGUCUCAGCUUAGCAUUCCUCCGGAUCUUUCACGCACCAUUCUCGCAAACAGGGCCAAAAAUCUUUCGCAGAAUCUUACGUUCCCAGCAGUUGAAACUCCGUUCACUUGUCGUCAAAGUGCAUGUCUCGCAUCCGUACGUGACUACGGGACGGUUUAUUAUCUUGUUAAUUGUGAGCUUUGACCUUCGCGAGAGCCUUCCAAACUUGAGCGCACUUUGGACUUCCCAGGAGCAUCUGUUCCCUGCAGCAACUCUUGCCUUAAUCUCCGAUGUCACGUUAUUAUCUUCCCUGAUUUGGUAAGUCGGGGCUCUCUUCUGUUCAUUGAGUCAUCUUGCUUCUGUUGCUCGCUGGAACUCCUCAACCGCUCCUAAAAGAACCGAAAUGGUCCGUACCAUGAUGUCAACAUCAUCCACAUAGGCGAGGUGCUGUGUGAGCCUAUUGCAAAUAAUUCCUCCGCUGUUCCCCAAUGGUUUAUAUUAAUGAAGAAACUGUUUAAAUUGUUGUUGAGUCGCGAAUUGUAUUUUCUGGUUUUUGUUUUGUCUUGUACAUUGUUGUUUUUCGAGGCUACGUUGCCCAUUUUUGUGAAUAAGAUAUGUUGGAUUAAAUAUUAGUUAACCAACAUUCAUUUUUAUUUGAGGAUUUUCAGAGAUACGCAAUGGGAGAAUAAAGGACGUUAUGCUGUAACUAGAAUUGUCAACGCAACCUUCGAUAUCCUGUAAGUCCAAGUUUCCCUUAAUAACAAGGUGUAUAUCACAACGACUGGCAUACGCAGACGACGUAGUGAUCCUUUCAACAUCAGAAAAUGUGAUAAGGAACUUUGAAGAGUCUUCAUAGAAACGACAGUGAAUCAGUGAGUCAAUGAAGAUACAUCAAAGUUCAUGAUAAUGACAACACCAUAAGGGAAAAGAGCAAUGAAAAGUUUUUUAAUAGAAUUGAAUGAAGGAAAAGCAAAUAGCUUGAAAGAAGUUCAGAGUAAUGUAUAUCUUGGGGUGGUUCUCAAGGACGACAAUAGUGACCUACUUAGCGAAAUGUGGAAAGAAAUAGAAGAAAAUAAUAGAAGAAAAGAGGUAAAAAGGGGGAAGAAUUAUGGCUGAGAAGUACAAAUAAUGAAAUAAGGGAUGUAUUUGGAGAAACAGAACUAAAAAAAUAAUAAGAUCCAAAAAAAUAAUGUACAAACAGAAAUCCAGAUUUUGGAGCAACAAAAAAAAUGAUGAAUAUAGAACAAUGAGGAACAAGAAAAAAGGAAGACCGAGCAGAGGAUGGUACGUAGAGGUGAUGGAAGAGAGAAAGAGAGAAAUUCCAUGCUAACGGCUUAAAAUGCCUAAAUAUAUAGAUCACGAAUUGAAAAUGUCUAUCUAAGACCGAGUUUCAAAGACAAACCCCAUUUUGUUGCUAUUUUGAAAAUUUAAAAAUAAUUUUUACUGAGUAAAUAAUCAUCAAUUGAUUUAAUUUUAAAUACAGUUUCAUUAAAAUGAAGGAUAAUUCUCAAACUUGAAUGAAUACCAUGAAAAUGUUGUUUGUUUUCGGUUACAAAAAUUGUGUCGAAUAAUCAAUAGAUAAAUAAAUAGAGGACAAAUUCGAAAUAAAAAGAUAAAUUUAUUGAUCACAUUAAUUACAAAAUUAGAAAGAAAAUUAAAUAUUUUUAGUCUAAUUUUUUUAUACUACAUACCGUUAUGUUCCAAAAUUAAAACAUUUUUUAAUAAGGAUGAAAAUAAUGAAUAUGCAACAUAGUGUCAUCUGAAAAGUCGUAGUUUUAGAGUCAAUAAUACAAAUAAAAAAAAUUUACAACAUUAAAGACGUAAAAUAUUCUAUAUUACACUUUUUUACUACAUAAAAACAUAAACAAAUCCAAUUUAUUUUCCAAAUUUUAAUUUUUAAAUCGAUAAUCAAUUCAUAUAUCAGUAGGGUGGAACAAAUAAUCAAUAUGAGCUUCAAUAAAAGGAUUCUCUGAAUCUCUGUUUUUCAUUUUUUCUCAGUCGAAUAGAGAAAAAAUUCAUACUUCAUUAUUAAUUGAUUGUAUAGAAAUAUGUUCUUGAAAAAUUUUGUAGGAAGUUUAAUGCUCUAUAAAAAGGAUAUCUUACAUUUUUUCCGUAAACCUCAUCAUUUGAAUGAUAUUGAAGAUUCAAAUUUGAUUGAUGAUACCUUUUUUGUAUAGCAUUAAAUUUCCUACAAAAUUCUUCAAAAACAUGUUUCCAAUCAAUUAAUGAUGAAAUAUGAUUUAUUUCUUUUUUCUAGUGAACUGAGAAAAAAUAAAAACAGCCAAAUUAAUAGCGAUUAUUUGGUGAGAAUUUUUUUAGAAAUCCAUUUUUCCGUGUCACUUGUGAAAAACAUAAUUAAUUUUUUGUAUACACCAUAGUGUAUAUGGGUUAAUAGGAAUUGAGCACCGGCUUUGUGAGAAUAGAAUUUUACCUCAAAAUUAACAACGACAAAACAAAUUAUGGGUGGUUAGGUUAGGUUGCGCUAGUACUGAAUGAAAUUUGUAUACGAAUUUUACUACUAGAUAUUUAAAUGUAUACUCGUGAAUGAUUUUUGUUUCAUAUUAGUCUACCAGUUCAGCCCAUAUGGAAUUUUCACAUCAACCCUCUGGAAAUUUUUUUCGUUUUCCCACAUUGCCCAUCCACCCCUAAUAAUGUAGACAUGAUUUGAAUAAGCACAUUAUACCUAUAUCAUUAAUUAAGAACUCCUUAAAUAAACACAAGGGUGUUUAAAAAAAUGUUUUUCUUGUGUAACUUUAAGUAAAAAAAAUCCCCACAAAACAUGCACUGUUUAAUUCAACUAUAAGGGGUAGUUUUAUUAAUUUUAUUUACCCAUAGUUAUUCUUAAAGUUGAUUCUUUGAGCUUCACAAAACUAAAACAGAUUAAGAUUACAAUAAUCAACAAACAAAAUAAUUUUAGUUUAGUUAAUUAGUUAAUUUUAGUUUAGUUUAAAGUUUAUAUUAUGAUUUUUUGGUCAAUUAUACACAAAAACGAAAAGAAAAUACCGUUUUUUGACAUUAAGUUUGCUUAGGGAUAGUUAUAUAAAUAAUACUCAUUUUCAAUUUUUUUUAUUAAUUUCAAUCAGUUAUAAUACAUUUAAAAAUACUGCUAGAUCAGAGUAGGGUUUUUACAUUCAGUGCCUCCAGAUGGCAAUCGAGUGAUAAACAACAAUUUAUUGAAGUUCGAGACAUAAAAUAUGAACCAUUCUCUGUGAAGCGAACCAAUUUACCGAAAAAUAAAGCAGAACUUUCAGGCUCUCGUUUAAAACAGUGGAACUUACUUGCUAAUGUCCUUGAUAUCACAAAGAUCAGCGAAUUAGGCAUGAAACGUUCUCAACGUUUUUUACAAAAGAAGAUGGACUUUGUUUUUGCAACGAAAUAAAAGAAAUUGGCAUACCUUUUAUUCCUAGCUCUACAAAAAACUCCAAAGCUGUUUAUUACCCAAAGGAAAUAAAUUCCCACCACUUCCAAAUGCUCAUUCAAUAUGCUUAAAAGUAAAUUAUGAAAGCGUUAAAAUUUUGCUUAAAUCAGUAAAGUAUCACGAAUAUAACUAGCAGCCAAUUGGAAAUUUCAAAAUGGUCGAAUUUUUGAUGUCAAUGUCAAUCUAUGGCAAUAAUCUCAAACAACUGUAGGUAGAAAUUUGUGUAUUCAGAAUAUUUGAUCAAAAACUAGUCAAUAUUAAACAUUUAUUAUCAAAAUAGGCACCAACAAAAACAGUAAGAUUGUGAUACGAAAGACAUGAGCAUUUUUAUCAUAUUUAAGGUAUAAAUAAUAUAUUUGAACUGAUUUUUCACACUAUUCUAUAUUUUUAUAUCAAAUAAGUUUGAAAACAUAUAUACAUACACACAUCCCCCAUGGAUCCAAAGGAACACAAAAUAAUGGGAGAAAGCGAAAAUAGUUAUAUACAUAAAUUGUCUCAAUACUUAAAUGGAAUUAAUUCAAAACUAAACAAAUAUUUUCCCAAAUUAGAAUACAACUGAUUAUCUUCAGACGACACUACGUUAAAUAAACGAUUUUCUACGCAUAAAUCAUAAAGAACAGAAACGGUACAAAGUAUUAAGAACUCUAAGCACUCCAAUGACACUACACAUUUUUUUAGAGGAUAUAUUCGAUACUAAAUGCUAUCUACUGCUAGAUAUAACUUAGGCUAAUUUCACAAUGCUUAGAACCUCACAGUUAUGAACAAUUUAUAUGACAUCCUGUCAUUACCUUUUUUUAUCAAAAACAAACAUGUAUUUUCUAAUGUUAGUAAUAAAAGACAGAGAAUUUUAAUUUUACCUGUUUUCACCUGAUAUUUUUUCUUUGUAUAAUAUGUAUAGUUACUUCGAUGAUUUUAUUUCACUUCAUUUCUAAUUUUUUUGUAAGGACUUUUUGAAACAAGUACCGAAUUCAUAUUUAAAUUUUAUAAAUUUUACUACCUCUACAUACAAAAACACCGUUAAACAUGCACUUGGUUACUAGACAACAAAGAUUUACAUCAAGGCAAUAACAUGUAUUAGUCAGUACAAAUAUUGUAAUUGUUAAAUAGGGGUAGUAUACAGCGUGUUUAAUACAAUAAAGUGAUGAUGUUGAACCAAAUCAAAUUAUUAAACAUAUCAAUUAUUCAAUCAUAAACUUUUAGCUAUAGAAAAGCCUCAGACAUUGAAUUUUUGUUCUUACGAACUAUUUGAAAGUAUAUUAUGGAAUUCAGUUUAAUAAAGAAUGAGAUUAUUAAAAAGAUCAAGUUUAUUUAGUAAAAAAAUGAUCUUCACAAAAUGGUAUUAUUCUUAAAUCUUCAUUUCUUGAAUGUUUGUUAUCGAUUUUAAGUCCAUUUUAGUAAAUAUAAUCUCGAGGUUUCAAACUAAAUCUUUAGUAAAAUAUAAACUGAUAUGUUUGGUUUUCUUCUAUUUCGUGUUGUGUUAAUGCUGUUUUAUUUAUGAUUGCUCAAUCUAUGAUAUAAAUAUUAAGAUGUUUGUCCUAUGUAAACAGUAUCAAAAUUAUUUCGAAGGAAUCUCAUAUAAACGAUUUAUUGUUUUUAGUGCUUUAGAUUUUAGAGUAAUCAAAUAUUUUGAUUAUACAUUAUAUCCUUAAUGACUUAUUCUAAUUUUAUAUUGACUAUAAUAAUUGCUUGACGGCUAUCCUUGCCAUGACAACUGGUGAAGUGGGGCCGGAAUGUUAGAACUCGAUAAUAAUUGAAGCUGCAAAAUCAUACCAACAAGAAACUCAUUGAUAGUUAAGGCGUGUCUUAUUUCUCUUGCGGGGCUCAACCUAAAUAAUCUUUUGCCACCACUCACAGUUCCAGAGCAGCAAAUUUCAUCACUACAACACUGACAAGGACGUCUCUGACAUUUAUCAAAUUAUUUUACUAAAUAUGAAAUUAGAAUGAAACAUAAAGAAUAUUAUCAAAUAAUUUCAGUAGUUUUUAAUCUAAAGCAUCAAGAAGUUGUGAUGGUAUUACAUAGCAUUUAAAAGAAAGGAUUAAAGUCAUCAGUAUAAUAAAAAAUCAAACUACAUUAACGACCAAGGAAAUAGCAGAAAAAUGAAGUAUAAACAUAAAAUUAAAGAAAUUGUUGAAAAUGUAAAUAACUUAAGCUCAUAAUUUAUUGUUCCCACUUCAUAAAUUAAAAUUUGAUAAUUAAUAACAAAAAAUCUUUGUACAGUAGAAAACUGUGUGUAUUUUGGUACUCAUUUUAUAUUCAGGAGGCAGUAGACUUAAGAAGUGAAAAAUGUAUUUUGUUCAUUAUAGUAAAAUCCAUUGUGGUUUGAUAUCAUCGUAUAAAAAAAUUAUUUAUACAUUUACACGUUUGUAAUUGAAAUAAAAAAAGGUAAGUACUUGUAAAAAACACAGCAAUCAUUCAGCCUCUUUAAAAAGAGAUCUUCAAUUUUCUAAGCAUACACCAUAAAAUUAUUUACAACUGCUUUGAAUACGAUCUUUUCUAUUUAGUUUUGAGUUCUGAGAAAGAAUAAUAUUCCUUUUAAAUAUAUUCUCAUAUAUAAAUAGACUGAUUUCUGUUUAAAAAACUCUAAAAAUUCAUAUACAUGGAAUUAAACCUCUUGUUUUGUAUUUUUUUAUCAGUUUUAUUAUGUCAGUAAUAAAUUACAGAUACACGCUGUGUAUUGCGGUAAUACAAUAGACCUACAAGUUAAAAAAGUUGUGCUUUUUCAUAAAUUUAGUCUUCUCAAAAACAAAAGACAACGUAUGUAUAUAUAAAUAGAUCUUUUGU